UCACCAGCUCUGGGUCAGAGCACAGACAGACAGGGGCAGAGCAGGAGACUGGCAGCAUCUGUCCAGUUCCAAGAUCAACUCUUCCAAAAGUAGUGACUACAGACUGUUCUUCAACCUCGGAGACGGAAGAUAAUGAUGAUGAGACUCAUACUUCUCGCCCUCCUGUGUGGAGGGGCAUCUGCAGUGUCAGUGUCUCACUCCCUGCGGUAUUUUUCCUCCUGGAUGAGCCCGAUGCCGGGAUUGCCGGAGUUUGUGCUGGUCGGUUAUGUGGAUGAGCAGGAGUUUGUUCACUAUGACAGUGAUCGGAAAAAGAUGAUCCCGCGGCAGCGCUGGAUCGCGGAGCGUGAGGGAAAGGAUUACUGGGAUGGGCAGACACAGAUCCUGCGGGAUGAGGAGCCGGUGGGAAAGGCCGACAUCCAGACCAUGAUGGGGAGGACCAACCAGACCGGGGGGAUCCACACUGUCCAGCUGAUGUACGGCUGUGAGCUCCGGGAGGACGGCACCACCGGCGGGUUUAUGCAGUUCGGCUGGGACGGCCGGGACUUGAUCAGCUUCGACAAGGACAGCCAGGUGUGGGUGACCCCCGUCAGCUGGGGGCAGAUCACCAAAAAUAAAUGGGACAACACCCCGGGAUUAAACCAACAGCGGAAGGGUUACCUGGAGGGAAUCUGCAUCGAGUGGCUGAAAAAAUACCUGGAAUACGGAAAGGAGCAACUGAGACCAGUGAAACCCUCUGUAACCCUGACCCCUGUGAGGGAGAAUAAAGAUCUCUCCUGUAUCGCCACUGGCUUCUACCCUCAGGCCAUUGAGGUGAAUCUGUUCCGGGGUGGAGUAAGGAUUGAUGACUCAGAAUCGACUGGAAUCCGACCCAAUCACGAUGGAUCCUACCAGAUCCGCAAGUGGAUGGAGUUUGACCCAAAUUCCCAGGCCAAGUAUUCCUGCGAGGUGGAACACAGCGGAUUGGGGCAGAAGCUGGUGGUGUUUUAUGAACCAAAGAGCAGCUCCAUCAUCCUGAUUAUAAUCGGUAUUGUCGUUGCUCUCCUGCUAAUUGUUGCUGUCAUCGCUGGGGUUGUCUGGUACAAGAAGAAAGCAGGCCAGAAGGCAGACUACAAACCAGCGAAGAGUUCUGAUAGAGGGGAGUCCUCCUCAAACUCCUCUGCCAAUGCCUAGAGCUGACUCUCGUGUCCCACAGAUAUUCCUGGGAGUUCAGACAACACGUUGGCAACAGGAUUUUAUUGAAGAACUGGGGGAGGGAGGGGGGAUUUCUGUCACGUUAACAGUUCUCUGUCUUGUAACAGGGUGUGGGGGAACCUUGAUUCUAAAUGUUUGCUCCUGCUGAUUGAAGCUUUGAUUUGCACUGACCUUUGUACUGACUGGGGGGAUGCAGCUGAACUCAGGCACUUCAGCCUGAGGCUUGUUUUCAAUGUUGUAUUUUAAGGGGUGAAGCCCCCUCAUUGUGACUGGACUGAAGGGAAGGGACUCUGUGGGAGAAUGACUCUCAGCUCCAGCUCACUCACUCACUCACUCACUCCCACCCUCACGGUCUGGCUGCUGUGUCAGAUACAUUCCCUGGUGCUGGACCUUCACACCCACUCAGUCCAACUGGCCCCUGACAAACUCUGGGGUCCGCAGGGACAGUCCCUCCCACCGGACAGUUCCCAGAGAGGGGAGGGGGGUGUGUGGGCCUGAUUCCAGAGACCUUCCGUCCGAGUCAGUGGGGGCUACAGAUCCGGGGGGGCCUGCUUUGUGUGCUGAUUCAAGAUGGGAGGGAAGUGCCUGAUGAUAUGGGGCAGUGGGGGGAGGAAUGAUCAGAUUUAUUAUUUUUUUGCAGGUGGUUUAAGAGGGAAAGCUUUGUUAAAUGUUUGCAAAUACAAUUUUGUCUCUGUAAUUUCACAGUUUCUCGAUUUGCCAAUAAAUGAGGUUUGGCGACUCCA